AUGGUAUUUUUAGCAAAAUUUAUAUUACUGAAUCACAUUUGCGAAUAUGUUAGUGCUAAGGCGCAAAAGACUAAAAUCUUGACACAUAAAUUAACAGAUCUCAUACGUUUUACGGAAAUGCGUAAAGAGAUUUAUCAGUUUCUUUUACAAAUGUCACUUCGGCCAUUGGAAUUCCGCGGAAUGGGCGUGAUCCAUUUUGGCUACAAAUUCAUUAAUAAGUUCUUUGUCUGGGUACUUACCGUUAUUAUUUUUAUAUUGCAAAUGAAUACUUCCCCUAUGUCUCGAAUAUCAAAGUCUGAUGAAAUUAACAAAACAUGUUUUGAAAGAAAUGUUGUUAUAUAA